GCCUGGGCGCAGCCAUGGCCCUACGGGCAGGGGGUUCUUGGUGGUUUGGUGGCGUCCUGCUCUUCGCUCUGCUCGCCGCCGGCACUGCCUCUCUCAGCUGGGAUCUCCCGGAGCCCCGCAGCCGGGCCAGCAAAAUCCGAGUGCACUCCCGGGGCAACCUCUGGGCCACCGGUCACUUCAUGGGCAAGAAGAGUCUGGAGGCCCCCAGCCCAUCCCUACUGGGGACAGCUCCCGAUGUCUCCCUGAAGGACCAGAGACUACAGCUGAGUCAUGAGCUGUUCAGGAUCCUCCUGCUGAAGAAAGCUCUGGGCACAAGCCCCGGCAGCCCAGCCCCUCAUACCCAGUACAGGAGGCUGCUGGUGCAAAUGCUGCAGAAGUGAUGUCGUUAAUGAGGAAGACGCGACAGCGUGGCUUAGGCUGUGCCCACCCAGGGAAGGUGCUGAAUGAAACCGUCCUAGUGGCCCCAUUUGGAUGUAAAUCUUGGACUCAAAUCUCUUUUACUCCAUUACUGGUUGGGUCACCAGGAAUAUCGCCAACGCAGACAAAUUAUGUUCCUGCUGUAUUUCUUGCUUCCCUGUUGAAGUUGUGAAUA